GAAACACACGUGCCACUGCAAUUAUCAUCCCAGCAGCGAUCUGAUCUGAGCUUUCGCAGAGAGAGAGAUAGAGAGUAGAAUAAGAAUAAUAAAGACAUCAUUAUCAAGCAUUAAUCUCCUAAAAGUCGUAAACAAAGACACAAACACGUCCAGCGACAGAGACAAACCAGAGAUCCUCACACAUGCCCAUUUCCUUAUCUGAAUCUUCUCAUUCUCUUUUUCUCUCUAAAAAACCUAUAAAACCCCUAAAGGAAUCCCACGCAUUCCCCCACUUUCUCUCUCUCCCCACCUCUGUUUUCCUCCCAUUGAAAGCCAAGUUUCUGAUACUAGUGUGAAUGCCAAGACAUUUUCGCAAACAGAAGUGUCCCUUAGAGCCCCAGCAAAAUUCAUGCCCUCUGGUUCCCGAAUCCAUACUCUCUUUCGUACCAUGAUGAUUCGUCGAUCCAUUUUCUCCCCUUUUUUGCAUUUUUGUGAUCUGGGUAUAUGAGCUGAAACGGAUUUUGCGUUUGGGUCUAAUGGGUCUUGAAUUGCACCAUUUUUAGGCAUUCUCGUUUUCUGAUUUUAUCUGAUCUCCGCGAACAUGGCGCUGUUUCGGAAAUUCUUCUACCGGAAGCCGCCGGAUGGGCUUCUUGAGAUUUCCGAAAGGGUUUAUGUGUUCGAUUCUUGCUUCACCACAGAUGUUUUGGAAGAAGACGAAUAUAAAGUUUACAUGGGAGGGAUAGUGCACCAGCUCCGUGACUACUUCCCUGACGCCUCAUUCAUGGUAUUCAACUUUCGGGAGGGAGAGAACCAAAGUCAGAUUGCUAGCAUAUUGUCUGAACAUGAUAUGACUGUAAUGGACUAUCCUCGACACUAUGAAAGUUGUCCAAUACUCACAAUGGAGAUGAUCCACCACUUUCUGAGAUCAAGUGAAAGUUGGCUUUCACUUGGCCAACAGAAUGUGCUCUUAAUGCAUUGUGAACGGGGUGGGUGGCCUGUUUUGGCUUUUAUGUUGGCAGCUCUUUUGAUUUAUAGGAAGCAGUACACUGGGGAACAAAAAACUUUGGACAUGAUUUACAAGCAAGCACCUCGUGAGUUUUUGCAGUUGAUGUCGCCACUGAAUCCCUUGCCUUCUCAGCUGCGGUAUCUACAGUAUGUUUCAAGAAGGAAUGUGGGCUCAGAAUGGCCACCACUUGAUAGGGCACUCACAUUGGACUGCAUCAUUCUCAGAGUUAUUCCUAACAUGGAUGGAAAGGGGGGUUGCCGUCCAAUAUUCAGAAUAUAUGGACAAGAUCCUUUCAUGGCUGCUGACCGAACUCCCAAAGUUCUGUUUUCGACCCCAAAAAGGAGCAAAGUUGUUCGACAUUUCAAGCAGGCAGAUUGUGAAUUAAUCAAGAUUGACAUCCAUUGCCAUAUUCAAGGUGAUGUCGUACUUGAGUGCAUCAGCUUGGAUGAUGAUUUGGAACGUGAAGAGAUGAUGUUCCGAGUCAUGUUCAACACAGCCUUCAUUAGAUCAAACAUUUUAAUGCUUAAUCGUGAUGAAAUUGACAUCUUAUGGAAUGUUAAGGAUCAAUUUCCCAAGGACUUCCGAGCAGAGGUUCUGUUUUCAGAGAUGAAUGCUGCCACUUCUCUUAUUACGAUUGAUUUGCCCGGUGUGGAGGAGAAAGAAGGUCUUCCUAUGGAAGCAUUCGCUAAGGUUCAAGAGAUAUUCAGCAAUGUAGAUUGGCUAGAUUCGAAGACUGAUGCAGCACUAAAUGUGCUUCAGCAAAUCACCGGGUCGAAUAUUCUUCAAGAAAAAAUGGAGACUCUAUGUGCUCAGAGGACGGAGACGGACAGUAUCUUGUGGGAAUCAACUCCUGGAAAUGAUAUGGAGAAACAAAAGCCCAAUGUUUUGGAAAACAACUUAAGAAUCCCAACAUCUUUAGUUACAGGGAAAGAAUCUAUGCCCUCUGUUGAAGCAGCUCUAGAUGCAAAUUUGAUGGGAAAGAAGGCAGUGCCCCACGAGCUGCAGGUUGCUCUUCAGCGGCCUGCUCAAUCAAAGAUCAUAUCCCCACGGAAAUUUAAGAACUCCUUGUCUAUGCCAGCAUCAUCUUCCAAUUCCUUGCAAGGGUCAUCUGUGCCCAUCUCAAGAUACCACAGUGCACCAUCGGCCCUUGGUAUAACUGCUUUGUUGCAUGAUCAUACUGCAUCCAAUAGUGAAGAAAUCAGUCAUCCGAUGACAGUAUCUCCGGCUUCCCCUGCUAUUUCAGCGCUUUCUAGUAUACAUUUAUCUAAAUCUAUGCAGAACAUUACUAUGUCAAUCCUGUCACCAUCUCCAUCAGCUUCAACGACUCCACCACCUCCUUCAUUGUUACCAUUGGUCGAUACUCUGGAUAAAGCUUCUGCAACCCCUCCUCCCCAUUCCCGACUCUCUUCAAGUCCUCAUCGUCCAAUGUCUUCCAAAGAAACGUAUUCUUCCCUUACCCAACCUGAAACCUCAUUACAGGAUAGAGUUCAGUCAACAUUGUGUCCCCUUCCCCCACCUACCCCCCCUUCAACAUCUCAUCCACCUCCACCUCCACCUCCACCAACAUUGCAUCCUCCUCCCCCACCUCCAACCCCCAAAACAUUGCGUCCCCCUCCCCCACCUCCAUCCUCCACAACAUCACCUCCCCCUUCCCCACAUCUGCCCCCCACAAAAUUGCGUCCACCUCCCCCACAUCUACACGUGACAACAUUGGGUCCCCCUCCCCCACCUCCACCACCCCCAACAUCAUGCCCCCCUCCCCCACCUCCACCCCCAACAACAUCGUGUCCCCCUCCGCCAACUCCACCCCCAUUUUCAACUCCUCCUCCUCCACUGGCCCUUUCCUUUUCUGGACCUUCUCCAUAUUCCACCAUCAAGGCCUUAUCCACUCCCCCUCCCCCACCUCCACCCCCAAAUAUUGCUUCGUCAGCUGGCCCUCCUCCACCUCCUCCACCUCCUUUACGAACUGGGCCUGCCACAGGUACGACUGCUCCGCCUUUUGCACCACCACCACCACCACCUCCCCCUGGCGGUGCACCUAAAAAUCUCGCACUAAAUAGUUCUCCAAAUGCUCCACCUGUACCACCGCCUCCAGCUCCACCUGCCAAUGGGUUAUCAAAAGCUGCUGGUGCCUCUCCACACUCUCAUUCUCCUGGCAGUAAUGGAAAUGUCCCUCCAUUUCCUGGACCACCUUCAAGUUUUCCAUUGAGUGCAAGGGGACGGGGUCAGUCACGUGUAAGUUCUAGGACCCAGGGUCAAGCGAAAAAAGCUUCCCUAAAGCCAUAUCAUUGGUUGAAACUGACGAGGGCAAUGCAAGGAAGCUUAUGGGCUGAGGCACAAAAAUCAGAUGAAGGUUCCAAGGCUCCUGAGUUUGACAUGACAGAACUUGAAAAUCUUUUUUCAGCUGCUGCUCCAAAUGCUGAUCAGGGUGGGAAAUCAAAUCGUCGUACCUCUGGGCCAAAAUCUGAUAAAAUCCAGCUGAUCGAUCUGAGGAGGGCGUAUAAUUGUGAAAUAAUGCUUACAAAAGUUAAGAUUCCUUUGCCUGAUUUGAUGAGUUCUGUCCUUGCUUUAGACGAUUCAGCAUUAGAUAUUGAUCAGGUUGAUAACCUAAUAAAGUUCUGUCCGACUAAAGAAGAGAUGGAACUACUAAAGGGCUACAAUGGUGACAAGGAAAACUUAGGCAAAUGUGAACAGUUCUUCUUAGAGUUGAUGAAAGUACCACGGGUGGAGUCCAAACUAAGAGUUUUUUCAUUUAAGAUGCAAUUUAGUACGCAGGUUUCUGACCUUAGAAACAAUUUGAAUGUCAUUAAUUCUGCGGCUGAAGAGAUCAGGAAUUCAGUCAAGCUGAAAAGAAUCAUGCAAACUAUUCUUUCACUGGGUAAUGCUUUGAACCAUGGAACUGCAAGAGGUUCUGCUAUUGGAUUUCGAUUGGAUAGUCUCCUUAAACUCACUGAUACACGAGCUCGAAACAACAAGAUGACUCUCAUGCAUUAUCUGUGUAAGGUGAUUGCUGAAAAGCUGCCGGAGCUUCUAGAUUUUUCAAAAGACCUUGUGAGUUUGGAAGCUUCAACAAAGAUACAAUUGAAAUAUUUGGCAGAGGAAAUGCAAGCCAUUAGCAAAGGGCUGGAGAAAGUUGUACAGGAGUUGACUGCUUCUGAGAAUGAUGGUCCUGUGUCUGAAAGUUUUUGCAAGACUUUAAAGACGUUUCUUGGGUUUGCUGAAGCUGGAGUGAGGUCUUUAGCUUCACUUUAUUCUGGGGUGGGUAGAAAUGCUGAUGCACUGGCUCUUUAUUUUGGAGAAGACCCUGCACGCUGCCCAUUUGAGCAAGUUGUUUCUACCCUCCUCAACUUUGUUAGAAUGUUCGUGAGAGCCCAUGAAGAAAAUUGCAGGCAACUUGAGUUUGAAAAGAAGAAAGCACAAAAGGAAGCAGAAAAUGAAAAGCUAAAGAUAAGCACUCCCACAAAGCAGUCUGAGCACUCGAUACGGACUCCCCUUAGGAGUGGCAAUGUUAAAUGACUGAACUGUUUUAACAACCCACUCAGUAAGCAAUUUGUGCAGUUUUCAAAUACAUAUGUAUGUAUUUAACCCAUUAGAGCGGAUAUACUUGGUCAAAAUAUCUUCCAAGGAUUUUGUCACUGAUGGGGAGUAUCACAUUAAACCUGAGUGCAAUAAUGAAUCAGGGAUCAUCGGAAUGCUGCAAGCAGAAUAUUCAAUUUAAGAGUUGGAGGGAAGACUAUUCGAUGCACAACAUGCCAGAUAACAUCGGCCGGAUUUUUGUUGUAAAAAUUUCUUUUAUAGUCUUGCUUUUGUUUUACAUUAGAUUGGAAUGAUUUUUGUGUAUUUGUUAUAUUAUUUCCUCUGUAUAUUUUCCAAUCACAGGUAUGUAAAAACCUCACUAUAUUUUUUUUCUCAUGCAAUAGGUAAGAGCAAUCUUUCUGCUGUCAUAGGCAGCAGCCA